UAGUACUAGUAUAUAUUAUAUAUAGCCUCCCAUAAUUUAACAACUUCAAGCCUUUAGGUAAAUAGCCAUGUGUUGCUGUUGUGGUGAAGAUUGUAAAUUCAGGCCUCUUGGAUUUCUCCUAGGCUUGCCUUUUGCUUUCUUGUCUCUCAUAAUUUCUCUUGUAGGUGCAGUUAUUUGGAUUGUUGGGUUGACUUUGACAUGCAUAUGUCCAUGCUGUCUUUGCGUGACCCUCAUAGUUGAAUUUGCUCUGGCUCUCAUCAAGGCUCCAAUUAAGGUUAUGGAGUGGUUCACAUCCAAGAUUCCAUGUUAGAAGAGGGACUUAUUAAUGUUGAAAAUGUUUUUGUCUUUUUUUCUCUUAGUGGUUUGUAUCUUUCUUUCAAAUUAGCAAAAUAUUCAAAGAUGAAAUGAGCUCCCGAACUGUUAGUUUUGGCUUGUAUCCUGUUAUUGCGUGUACACUUCAUAUAACCUCUGUUUCACUUUCAAGCAAUAUAGAGGAUGAAUUCAAGUAUUUAUCUCCAACUUUUGUGUUUAUCGGAUUUGUAUCAUUUAGUUUAA